UUCGCCGGGCGUGAGUCCUGAGAGCGAGAGACGCAGUGUGGGCGGGUUAAGAAACUGCGAGAGGGAGGAGAUACCACCCCGUCUCUUUUUCUCACGGCAUCCACCGAAUGCGGGGGCAUUGGUUUCCUCGUAUCUAAUCUUCAGAUUCCAGUUUGGCUCCUUUCCGCAGUUCGAGUCGUCUCGGGAGGCACCGGAGGCCCCAUCCGUUGCGUUCGGUGUGUCGGCGGGCGUCGCGCUGUCAAAGGUGCGAGUGUGUGACGGAUGCUUAGAGGAGACUGAGCGGGGUACCAUCUCACACCUCACGAUGGCCAGAAUGAGUUUUCUCUCCUUUCUCCUCUUUUGCUUGACUUCGGUUGCCCAUGGCAACAAAGCCAAUAAACACAAGCCAUGGAUCGAAACAGAGUACCAAGGGAUCGUCAUGGAAAACGACAACACUGUCCUCCUCAACCCACCUCUGUUCGCCCUGGAUAAAGACGCACCACUGCACUAUGCAGGGGAGAUCUGUGGGUUUAGGGUUCAUAACGGACCAGGUGGUUCUGGUUCGGCACAGUUUGAGGCAGUGGUGUUGGAUCGCUCCACUGGAGAAGGUCUGGUUCGGUCCAAGGAGCCUCUGGACUGUGAAAGCCAGAAGGAGCACAGCUUCACCAUUCAGGCAUAUGACUGCGGUGAAGGUCCUGACGGGACCAACAGCAAGAAGUCUCACAAGGCCACUGUGCACGUUCGUGUAAACGACGUGAACGAGUUCUCUCCUGUCUUUGUGGAGCGUCGGUACGAGGCAUCGGUGCCCGAGGGUCGUCUUUUUGAUCGUAUUGUGCGGGUGGAAGCCGUUGAUGCCGACUGCUCACCUCAGUACAGCCAGAUCUGCUUCUAUGACAUCAUCACACCCAACGUCCCUUUCACCAUUGACAACGAUGGGAACAUAAAGAACACUGAGCCACUGGACUCUAAACGCCAGCGUGUCCACAGUUUCUGGGUGACAGCGUUUGACUGUGGGAAGAAUCGAGCUCAGGCCGAUGCGCAGGUCAUAGUCACAGUAAAACCUUCCUGCAAGCCAGGCUGGAUUGGAUGGACAAAGCGGACUGAGUACACUCCUGGUUCUGGCAGUAUCCCUCUCUUUCCGAACCUGCACUUGGAAGCAUGUGAGGAGACGGUGUGGAACAUCCAGGCUACUGUUGAGCUUCAAACGGGUCAUAUUGGGAAGGGCUGUGAUAGGGACAGCUACUCAGAUCGAUCUGUGCGCAGACUCUGUGGUGCUGUGAGGGGUGAAGUCGACCUCCUUCCACCUCCAUCUCCUGCAACCAAUUGGACCACCGUGCUGCCGACUCUGCCCUCAUCUGAUUCAUCCCUGGUCUUCUCCUUCAAUGGCUCCACCCAUGUUGCUGUAGUACCUGAUUCAGUUGCUUCAGCAGUAUCUGGUGACCACUUCACCCUGCAGCUGUGGAUGCGAAGAGGAGGGGCCAGCACUCAGCCACUAGCCAAUCAGGCGAGGGGAACCCGUAAAGAGGAGGAGACUAUUAUCUGCAGCACUGUAAAGAAUGAUGACUCGUACUCUCACUACUCCUUAUCGGUACAUGGCUGUCGUCUCUCUCUCUUCUAUUGGCCGGAUGUGUCUGCCGCAAGACCUGUCAAAUUCCUUUGGAAACUGGAACAGGUGUGUGAUAGUGAGUGGCAUCACCUGUCCCUUAGUGUGCAGUUCCCCUCUGUUACACUCUACGUGGAUGGCGUGACCUUUGACCCCGCACUCAUCCAUGACAACGGCGCCAUCCCCAACCCAGCACCACACCAGCGGCUGGUCAUCGGAGCAUGCUGGGAGCCAGAAGAGAAACCAAGAGACAUUGUGAACAACACCAUGCUAGAGAGUAAAGAGACAGGGAAGUUUGUCAGUGGUUACAAAGGGCUUUUGUCAGGAGUGACUGUGCGUCCAGGAAAUGUGGAGCCCCACAGUGUGGUGGAGUGUCUGUAUGCUUGUCGAGAAGGGCUUGAUUUCGGAGACCUUGAGACUUUAGGCUCAGGCAUGAAGGUGCAUGUGAACCCUAGCCAGUCUGUGCUGGUGUUAGAAGGAGACGACAUUGAAAGUUUCAACCGUGCUGUUCAGCAGGUGACAUACAGGAACUCUCUACGAUUUGCCACACCUGGUGUCCGUCCACUCAAACUGACCACCUCUCUCAGGUGUUUCAGUGAAGAGAGCUGUCUCUCUCUCAGACAGCUGGAGGGUUAUCUGGUCGUGCUCCAGCCUGACGCCCCUCAGAUCUCUCUCUCUGGGGUGGGACCCCACCUGGCCCGGCCGGCUGCUGAGUUUGAGGGCCCUCAAGGGGUUCCCUUGUUUCCUGAGCUCCGUAUUGUCUGCUCCUUGUCUCAUGCUGUGAACACAGCUGCUCAGGGCAUGGAAGGAGGGGCACUGAUGUCAGAUGCUGUGGCUCAUACUCUGGAUGGGUGUGAAGUCCAGCCCUUGGGGGAGGAGCUAAACCCAGAAAGGGAGGAGCUUCUGAUUGACAUGGAGGCAUUAAAAGAGAGGGGACUGGACAUCAUUAACACAACGGCCUACAUUGCAAUCACUGGAGCGGAGUCUAUCUCUGUGUACGAGGAUGUGUUGCGCUCCAUUCGCUAUCGCUUGGCAAAGGGCUCUGCUCGUUUUGAAAGAAGGUUCCGUCUGUCGUGCUCAGAAAUGAACGGCCGAUACACCAGCAACGAGCUCACGGUGGAGGUGAACUUCCUGCACUCUCUGGACAGUCUGUAUCAUCCGUCUCACCUGCUGGCGUCCCAGCAGCAGUUCCUCCACCCAUCCCAUCACAAUUUGCUUUAA